AUGUUUGUGGAAAUAACUGUCGCAGUAAAUUAUAUAUUAUCACAUUUAUACACAAAGCUUCCGAGACGUCGAGUUGAUAGUUUCGGUGAAGAACUUGAAAAGUAUCUUCUAGCCAAAUUUCAACACCAUUGGUACCCUAGUGACCCACUUAGAGAUUCUGCUUAUCGGUGCAUUAAUUCUGUCGGUCCUCAGGUAGAUCUUCUACUUCCUGAAGCAGCAGCUGUGAGUGGGUUAGAAUGGAGUGAAAUAGAAACAUGUCUUCCAGAGGGUCUCAUUAUAAGUGUGGAUCCAGGACAUGUGGUGUGCCAAUACACCCAGUCUAACUGUACAGGUCAUGACAGAUUCCUUUCGAACCACUGGCCAUCAUCAUCAAUUUCUUUAUCAUCAUCGGGAUGUUCUUCUGCAUCUUCUAUCUCAUCAUCCAACUUAACAAAUUCAUCUCAGAUUACUCACCAAGUUCUUUACAGUUUACAAGGUGGAUGGAUUACAAACAAUGCAAAUAUGUUAGAUGGGAGUAAACGAGGUCAGUUUCUAACAAAACUUAGAUGUUUUGAAAAUGAUCAUGGCGAUUUACUGUCUACAGCUGCUGCUUUGAGUGUGUUAGUUGAACCCGAUGAAGGAAUCGACACCAAAUUUGAGCCUAAUACAAUGUAUGGAGUAAACUCUUUAGUUUUGAACCAUACAAACUGGAACAAUGAAUCUUCUGUAAUCAGUACAUCUGUAAUAAAUCAAGAAGAACCAUCUAGGACUGAAUCAAAUGAAGUUGAUUUAAAAUCUAUAAAUCCUCUACAAGCUGAAAUGUAUCAUGAGAAAGAAAUGUCAAAAAUAAUGAAUACUUUUCCAUGGGGUGUUUCUGAAAACGCGAAAGAAUCUUUUUUAUCUAUAACAGGUAAUGAUCCGAUUGGAGGAGCACCAUCAACAACUCAGUCUGUUAUUUUCAAUGCCAAAACAAAUACAUUCCAUUCAUUUCAUCGUUCCUCCUCUAAUCCUCCUCAAUCAGGUCAGUUAACAACAAUCCAUGGUAAAGAAUUUAUUGCACUGUCUGCAAAUUUUGAGAAUUCAAAUGUUCUGUGCUCAAAAUCUGAUCAACCAUUCAAUCAAAUGUUUACAAAUCCAUUACCGAAAUCAUAUCCAACAUACAUACAACCUCUUAAUUCAUCACAUCCAUUCGUUCAAAAAUCUACAUCUACUCCAAGUUUUACAGCGGCUACUUUUGCUCAAACUAAAUUUGGCUCAACUAAGUUGAAAAGUCAUCCAAAACGUACACCUACUCGUAUUCUUUCCCCAACAAAUGUACAACAAACUAUUUCAGCUAAUGAGAAUUUCUUAUCAAACGAUAGUGUUCUGACCAACUUUUUAACAAAUAACCAGCGUUUCGAUGCAUCGAAUUCAUCAAACAUGAGUGCAUUUAGAAGUUUUUUACCAAUGAAUAUUGAUAUAAAUACAACUAAACAAACCGGUUAUAUAACAAGGAAUGAGUCGAAUAUUUCCAAUCACAAUGAUUAUCUUAAUAUAAAUUUACAUGAAAAUGGGAAUUCAAUAUCUGAAAUGAAAUUUCUAUCCACUUCAUUUCACCAAAGAAAUACAUAUAAUCGUAGUAAUAAUAAUCACAAUAAUAAUAACGAUACUUUUUUAAUAUCGAAUUUAGAAAAUUACCUAUUAAAUUCCUCGGAAGAUACUAGUCCAAAUAGUGUUUUGGAGAGGAUUCAUUUGAAUGAGGUUCAUAAUGAUGGUCAUACUGCAUCGAGUUAUUGGCAAUCAUCAUUUGAAAACCAUUUACAAUCUACCAAUAUGACAAUGGUAACGACAGAUGAAAUAGACCUGAAAUCAGACAAUACAAAUUUUACCAAUUUAGCUGACUGCACAAAUUGGAAUAAUAAUUAUUAUUCAUCAGCUAAUAGAACCACAUUUAAUCAUGUAUCGAACAAUUUAAUUUUGGACAAUAAUUUCAAAAGUAACUUAACAGGAUUAUCAUCAACCUGUGUUUCCAGUCCUGUUGAACAGCAUCAGACCCAGCAACAACAAGUAAACAUGAAAACAAACGAAAAUUUAACCCGUAGCAUUGAAGCACCGACAUCUAAUAACGUUUCUAACAUUAAUAAUGAUUGUUUACUAGAUGAUGUUCUACUUUCUACACAGAUGGUAAAUUUGCUCUUAGAAGAGGACAGUCUAACCGAUUCAAAUUAUCGUGAAAACGUGUUCAAUUAUUUACAUUCAGAUGAUGAUGAAAUAGAAGGGUUUAAAAAUAGUAAAAGUCAUUUGACCUUAACGAACAAAGAGAAUGAUCAGAAUGGUAAAGAUAUUCAUACCGAUAAUAGUAUUAAUUGUAAUAAUGGUCAUUUAGCAUACAAAGAAGUAGAACCAAUUACAAAAUAUAAUGAAUCUAAUUUAAUUCAUACAGGAACAUCGAUAGCUGGUUCAGUCACAGAUAAUAUGCCCAGUAUGGUUGCAACAUAA